GGUGUGUCACCUUUAAAGCGGUCCGGGUAGGCCAUUUUUUUUUCUCGUUUUUAUUCUCGAAGACAAGAUGGACGGAGCUCCGGAAAGGGGCGGAGGCCUCCGCUGCACGCUGGAAUUUGCUGUUGAGAUGACUUGUCAAAAGUGUGUAGAGGCGGUUCAGAAAACACUGCAAAAGACACCGGGCCUCCGCAUAGUUGACAUCAAGCUGGAUUCGCAGACUGUGCUGGUGGAGACAAGUCUUGGAACUGAGGAAGUCCAGAACCUUUUAGAAACGACGGGGCGUAAGGCUGUGCUCAAAGGAAUGGGAAGUAAUGUUCCAGGAUUGCUCGGCACUGCUGCCGUGGCCAUGGUGUCGGGCCGUGGACUGAUCCAAGGGGUCGUGAGGUUCCUGCAAGUCUCGCCUGAAAAGUGCCUUGUGGAUGGCACGAUCGACGGCCUUCCACCAGGGCUGCACGGGCUUCAUGUCCAUGAAUUUGGAGACCUCAGCCGGACUUUUGACAGUUGUGGAGACCACUUCAACCCCAAAGGGGAAUGCCAUGGAGGCCCCCAGGAUCUGCACAGGCAUGCAGGUGAUCUUGGGAACAUCUUGGCCACUGCUGAUGGAAGAGCAUCCUUUCGGAUGGAAGAUCACCUGCUGAAGGUGGACGAUAUAAUCGGCCGUUCCUUGGUAGUAGACGAAGGGGAGGAUGACUUGGGCCGCGGGAAUCACCCGCUGUCAAAAAUCUCUGGAAAUUCUGGGGAGAGAGUGGCCUGCGGAAUCAUUGCUCGCUCAUCCGGCCUCUUCCAGAAUCCCAAGAAAAUAUGUACCUGCAGCGGAGUGACCCUUUGGGAAGAGCGGGAAAGAUCUGCCACCAGGCUAGGCCAGGCCGUUCCCGAACGACCCACUCCUCACCUGUAGGACAUGGGUUGCUGCUAUUGCUCCCCUCGCGCUGGAGUUUGCAAAGGGGGUUCAGCUAUUCUCUUUAGGUGCCUCCCGCAAUGACCCCAAUAAGGCAGGUGCGGGUGCGGGUGUGUGUUUGUGUGUCUGGAGAGAGACACAAACAUACAAAUCGGCUUUUGCUAGCAGGAGGAAAAGAUCAUCGUUGCACUUUGGAUAGAUUUCCCCCACACACACACAAAACCUCCAAACAUUCCAAUAAAUCACUUUUAGAUUUUGUCCCACAUACACACACAAUUUUUUUAGGUUUAAGUUUGGGGAUUUGGGAGUUUUUGCCGCCUUCCUUUUGCAUCUUCUUUUUUUUUUUUGCAUCUAUGCCUUCAUUUUAGGAUUGUGGGAACAGUGCCUUUCCCCCCCUUCCCUGCGGGGCACAGAAGGAAGAAAAUCAACAGAUCUGGUCUGCAGCCAUAGAUGAGGCUUAACGCUGGUGAGAUUGCAGUUGAUGGUUUAAAAGGGGGAGCCCCUUCCUUUCCCCCCCCCAAAAGGGGAACUUUCUCUGUUAGGUUGGGGCAAUGGGGGACAGCAUUCUUUGCCCUGCCCUGUUUAUCUCAAGAAGAAUAUAUUGAGAGGCAUAGGGGUUGCUACAACACCAAAAAUUGUUAGUACAGGCAGGCCUCGGCUUACAACAGUUCUUUGAAUGACUGAAUAGCACUCAAAACAGUGGCUUAUGACCAUGGCAGCAUUUCAACAGUCAGGUGAUUAAAAUUCGGAUUUGCUCGUCAACUGGCUCCUAUUUUAUGACCGUCGCAGUGUCCCUGGGAUCAUAGUCAACGAGGAAAGCCAGAUCCACUUAACAGCUGUGUCACUCACUUAACAAACUGCAGUGAUUCCACAAAACCAUCGUGGCAAGAAAGGUCGUUAAAAAAGGAGCAAUAAUUCACUUCGCAAAGGUCUCGCUUGGCAACAGAAAUUUCGGACAUGAUUGCCUCGUAAGGAAAGGGCCACCUGUAUCCCCGUCGGCUUGUCAUGAAUCAGUCUGGCCUCACCCUUCUUGGGAUGUGUGACAGUGCCUUAAGUGUCUAAAAAUAUUGUUGGUUUGGAAGGGCUCCAAGAUCACUUCCAACUUUGUUAUUCUGUUAAUUGUGGAAAGCGAGGAAAAGCGGGGGAGUGGGACUGAUAGUCCUCAUUUUACAACCAUUCAUUCGAAGUUACUUAUGACUAAAUUGUUCACGCUUAAAGAUGGUUGGCGCAUCCCCAGGGUCACAUGAUCAAAAUUCAGACACUUGGCUCCUGACUUGUAUUUAUGACGGUCACAGUGUCCUGGAGGUCACGUGAUCCCUUUUUGUGACCUGACCAGGGGACAAUCAGAUUCACUUAACAACCAGAUCACUAAGAUCACAAACUGCAGGGAAUUCACUUUACCACUGUGGCAAGAGAGGUAAAAUGGGGAGAAAAACUUCACUUAACAACUGUCUUGUUUAACACUGGAAAUGGGCUCAAAUUGCGGUAAGGUGAGGAUUACCGGUAGUACAAAAUGGUCGUGUAUUAGGGCAGGCUUGGGAGUGGAUUUUUCCUGUGAGGGUUCUGUCUGGGACAGAGGUGCAAUUUGAACUGUGCCUCUUGUUUUGCUGGUUCUUUUUAUUUCUUUGACCAUCCAUUAAAUUAUAUAAUCUUCUUAAGCA